AUGCCAGUGACAUACACAACAGACGUCGCCUUAGUCAAAGAGACUAUUGCAAACAACAAGAAUGUUCUUGUAUUCUUUAAGGUUGACGCAACUACAGCAACUGAGUAUGCUGCUGAAUACCAAGUCACUUCACUCCCUACUUUCGUCUUCUUCCAAGACCAGAAAGUCGCUAAGAAGGCGCCAGGAAGCCCAGAUGCACUUAAAGAGAUUAUUGGCAUGUCUCAAUAA